AUGGAUGACGAGUCUCGCAAGUUUACUGAGCUCUAUAGAAGCCUUAUGAAGGGGGACAAGUCCAAAGUAAUGGAAAAAUAUGCAGAGUUGAGACAGUCUAGUGGUGAGGCCUUAUCGAUUUACGGCGAUACAAUUCUCCACAUGGCAAUCUACAUGGGACAAGAGAGUAUCGCCCGAGAAAUCCUGAUGAGACAUAAUCCACCACUGACUAAGCAAAAUGCACUAGGGGAUACCAUUCUCCAUGAGGCUGCGGCAGCCAAUAUGACAAGCCUUGCCAAGGAUUUGUUAAUAUUAGGUCCAAAUUUGCUGUCCAUACAAAAUAAAAAUGAGGAAACACCUCUCUUCAGAGCUGCCCACUUUGGCCACACCGAAAUGUUCGAGCUCCUAGCUGAGUUGGUGCGUAAAAAAGGCGAGGCUGAUUGGCUCCAUUGGACAAACAAGGUUGGAUCUACCAUUCUUCACAUGGCAAUUCUUUCUGAGUUCUUUGACCUCGCACUGAAAAUAGCCAUGAAAUAUCCAGACUUAGUAAAUAAAGAAGAUGGAGAUCGGAUGAAAGGACUUCAGCUCCUCUCAUACAAUUCAUCAGCAUUCAGAAGUGGAAGGAAAUAUGGAUUACUCAAGAGAUUCAUCUAUUACUGCAUCCCUAGUGAAGACAUUGUGGUAAAAGAAGAUAGUCCUCGACGAAAAGGCCCUGAGUUGCCUCCCAUGCACAUCAUUUGUCUGCACUUCUACUUCACGGUAGUACAUGCACUAACUUCAGUGGUAAGAAAGAUAAACAUAUCAAUUUGGAAAUAUCUUUGUCAAGUUUGGCCAAUGAUGGAAGGAAUUUAUAAAGAAAAGAGAAAGCAUGAAUCAGCUUUCAAACUCGCCAAGUUGCUAAUAGCAGAAGAUCAUUCUUGGAAACUAAGUAGUCAAAAAGAAGACACUGGGAAGACCAAUCCAAUGGGUGACAUAGCACCCCCGAAGCCGGAAAAAUCUGAAAAUCUCGAAGGGACUACUCUUACCCCGUUGCUUAUAGCAACAAGCACAGGAAUAGUAGAAAUUGUUAAGGAGAUACUUAAGAGUGUAUCCCCAGGCGGUUGA